CAUCAGCGCUUUAGGCCCGCUCGUUGUCGUCGCAUUUCUCUAUGAAGGGAUUGGAAUUCUUAUGUCUUUGCUCAUAAAACAGUUCUUCUGGGUCCCGCAUCGAUUUAGAUAUGGCAUUAUAGUAGCUGGUGGGUGGGGAAAUGUAGGUGAUAUACCAACAUCUGUGGUCAUGAGUAUCACUGGAUCAGCACCCUUUAACGGCACCGACGACCAAAAUUUGUCUGUAGCUUACAUUGCUGCGUUCCUUCUUAUCUUCUGUAUUACUCUGUUCCCAAUGGGAGGUAGUCGGUGGAUAGCGAUGGAUUAUGUUGGUCCAGACGUGGAAAACCAUGAAGUUCAAGAAAUGAUGCGUCUGAAGAGAAAAAGACUGAUGGAGGGAUGGAAGAAAUUCUUUCACUGGCGAAGUCGCCAGUCGCAAGCAGAUCUCGAGACUCCCACAGAGACAGAACCCAACGAAAACGAGAAACACAUGCACAGUACCGCUGUGGAGCUGCGGCCUUGUACUGAUAAGCAGCUAUCAUUCGAUGGAGCUGCGGCUGGUUAUACGGAGACUAUGGUUCCACUUCACUCUGCAGAAGCCAUGAGCUCUCAAGUCACAGUCUCUGCAGCACCCACGAUCUUCCAGGCCGAGACGCUUGUUCAACCUCACCCUCUUCCUUCUUUUUCAAAAGGUCUAUCGGCUGACCCUGUCCAGCCCGUGCCGCCCAAAGACAAACCAUCAAUCCGGAAGCGCAUUUUGGUCCAAGGAAUCGCUUCGUUGCGCUCUUUAUUGACCCCUGCGUCUCUUUCCAUCAUCAUUUCCUUCAUUAUAUCUGUUAUACCCCCUUUGAAAGCACUCUUUGUACCGGGUGUACCAGGAACGAAUAUUUCGCCGGCUCCUGACGGCCAACCUCCACUCGCCUUCUUGAUGAACACCGCAACCUUUAUAGGCGCUGCGUCAGUUCCGCUGGGCUUAAUUACUCUUGGUUCUGCCUUGGCGAGGUUGAAGGUGCCUAGAAACGAGUGGAAGUUCCUUCCUGUUGGAUCGAUUAUGUGGCUAGCCGUUGGAAGAAUGUUGGUCAUGCCUAUACUCGGAGUUCUGAUAUGUCAGGGCCUAACUAACGUCGGCUUUAUCGACGAGAACAACAAUGUACUGAGAUUUGUGUGCAUAUUUUUAUCAUGUUUGCCAACUGCAACAACACAGGUUUUCCUCACUCAGGUGUACUCGGGUACUGGCUCAGCAGAACAUUUAUCGGCGUUUUUGAUUCCUCAGUAUAUUCUCAUGUUCAUUACCAUGACAGCUCUCACCGCCUAUACUCUCCAGCUUCUUUUUCAUUGACAUGUAAAAUGUGCAUUUGAUGUUUCACAAAUGGUGAUGUCGCAUCGUCGACGGUUACGAUCUAUAUGACCAUAUGAGGGUGUCAAUCAUCAUCAUACGCAUCAUGCUUAUGAGAUGCCCGGCAUCUGUAAAUCAUGGUGAUCAAAGCAGUACAUUACUUGUAUAUUCAGUACUUCCAAAGUGAUGCCUCCAUAUUUCAGAUAGAAUGUAUAUAGAUUAUCGGGCGGUACAGCACUGUUCGAAAU